AUGGCUCACAUGGAAAAUGAGCAGGAUGCGGGAGAAAGGGCCGGAUUUUCUCCAGACCUGGAACGAGGACCAGAUGUGAUGGACGCCCGGCAGUCGAUGAGUUCACGGAUAUCCGGCAUUGGUUCUGCCAUUUCCUCGGACGACUCUGACAUUUUGGGAGAUCCUGAUCAGCAACCAGACGCCGGCGACGAAUGGGGACCGCAACACGCUUGCUACCCGCACCUCAACCCCCAUGUUCCCUUGGACUCUCCGGAAUACAUCAACACGCGAAUCAUUCGAGUCCGUCGGGACUGGCUUUUGGAGGGUGACCUGGCCCCUACGUUCUCAAACCUGUACCCGGAAAUCUUGGAGCCGGCAGGGUUAUCAGAGCAAGAGUUCCGGCGCGUGAUCCAAAAGUUGAACUCGGAGCUUGUGCCGAUAUUUAGUCCGUACAACUGGCGCAACAUCUUGGACGGCGUUCUGGGUCUUGCCACAGGUUGGCUAUGGGAAGACUUUGGUUUCACAGGUGUUAAGGGACGGCUGCAGAAUCUCGAGAACUGGAUUGAGCAGUGGAACAAGGAGAUGGAGAAGACGGUGGGUAGUGAAGAUGGCACGAUACCACCGAAAAUCGUGCCGCUCAAGAGGACCGGUUAUAUGACACUGGACAUCCAAAUACCGGAUCCCGAGAUUGCCCCUGCACCACCUACACCGGGAGCAUCUCGUGGGACUGACGGGGCUGUACAUGCUGAGCCUACAGAGCCCCCGCAACAUCCACCCGCUGUUACUGUUUUAUAA